AUGAGGGUUACUUUGUUGCUUGUCUUUGUAUGUGCUCGGCUUGAAUAUAUAACUCUGCUACAGGAACCCUGUUUUUCAUUCAGACUGCCACCUCAACCCCAUGCUACGAUGGCUUUUAAGUAUCCUCAGUUUGAGCCGUAUGGGGAUAAGCUAAUCCGAUGGAUGGAAAAGGCCACCGAACCCGGAUGCCCAAUUCCCAAAACUACACUCAACGCAUUGACUCUGCCACAGCCUGCCGACUGGCAUAUCGAGCACGAGAGAGAAUGGUUAACGCCGGACCGGAUUGCCUCUAUCGUGGGUCUUGGUCUGCCGGUUGGGGAGCUAAUUCCACAUGAUCUAUAUCCAACAGAGUCCCCGUGUGUACGGCAUUCAAUCAUCAAGUCCCGCAUUGGAAUUACAGCUCUGGUCGGAACGGUUGGACCAGGUGUGCUUUUUGUUUAUUCUAUUAGGAGGUACCAUGGAUCGAACGAUCCCUACGUGUCCGAGCUUGCCAAGAUUGCCUAUGAAACGCACUAUCCAUUAGAUACUGUGAGGUAUAUCUUUAUGAACGAUGUACUGGAACCUGCAACUGAACCAUUUAUCGAGGAACAGAUCUAUCCAUCCCGUGAGGGACUUAAGUAUCGAUCUGCAGAGCCUCAAACCUGGGACUCUCCUGCACCAGAGUUUAGCGCUAUUAUGGGUACCCCUAUCGGUAAGGUUGUCGGCUCCUUCAUCCUAGGUGCGUUUGGCCAGGGUGUUAAACGGGUCGCACGAAUUGUUACUUUCCAGAGUGGUCUUGACCUUCACAAAUUAGACAUUCGUUUUGAUAUCGAAGAUGUUUGA